UGGACUUAAAUGAGUCAAACGGCUCAAACCCCAUUGUUUGAGCAUACUAAUAAUCCAGUUAUUUAUUUCAAUAACCACCAAAAGAUUCUUAUUGAUAAUAAAUGAUGAUUCAAUAAGUACAAAUAAAUAAAUAUAUAAAAUAAAUAAAAUAAAAAUAAAAGUGACUACAAAAGAGAAAGUUUUCCCAACUCGAAAAGUUUGAUCAAUCAUCAAUUCAUCAUCUCAUCUAAUCCUGAUUCCAAUCAUAUUACCAACCUAGAAGAGAGAGAUAAAAUGGAAGAUAAAAGCAUAAUUGAAAAUGGAGAUAGAGAAAAUGAUCAACAAGAAAACCCAACAAAGGGGGUUAUUUCUACUCCAAAUGGUUCAAUUUCUGGGUUUGAAUCCCUUCAUCACCUCCUUAGUUCCUCUCUUCCUGCUCCCAUCUUCCAGGAAGUACAGGUUGAUUUAUGGGUUGAACUCUGGAAAAUCACUUGAUCCUGUAACACUUCCAGCUGCAGCUACCAAUUUGUCCAAUGACCACGAUUUCGAUCUUCAGGCAUACUGCUUUCAAGCUCAAAAGGAAUCUCUAAGAGAGCCUCGAAUUGUACGAGUGGGUCUUAUUCAGAAUUCUAUCGCCCUGCCCACAACAGAACCAUUUUUAGACCAAAGAAGGGCCAUCUUUCAGAAAUUGAAGCUCAUCAUUGAGGCUGCAGGUGCUUCGGGAGUCAACAUAUUAUGCCUUCAGGAAGCAUGGACUAUGCCAUUUGCCUUUUGUACUCGAGAGAAAAGUUGGUGUGAAUUUGCAGAGCCUGUCAAUGGGGAGUCGACACAAUUUUUGCAAGAUCUUGCUAGGAAGUACAACAUGGUCAUUGUAAGUCCCAUUCUAGAGAGGGAUGUUGUACAUGGAGAGACUAUAUGGAACACCGCUGUUAUAAUUGGAAAUCAGGGUAACAUUAUAGGCGUUCGUAGAAAGAACCAUAUUCCUAGGGUUGGGGACUUCAAUGAGAGCACGUAUUAUAUGGAAGGAAACACUGGACACCCUGUUUUUGAGACAGCAUUUGGCAAAAUUGCCAUUAACAUAUGUUAUGGUAGGCAUCAUCCUUUAAAUUGGAUGGCUUUUGGCUUGAAUGGAGCAGAGAUAGUAUUUAACCCGUCUGCUACUGUUGGUGAGCUCAGUGAACCUAUGUGGCCAAUUGAGGCACGUAAUGCUGCAAUAGCAAAUAAUUAUUUUGUUGGCUCAAUAAAUCGUGUUGGAACUGAGACCUUUCCGAAUGCAUUCACCUCUGGAGAUGGAAAGCCACAGCACAAGGAUUUCGGUCAUUUCUAUGGUUCUAGUCAUUUUUCUGCUCCAGAUGCUUCUUGCAGUCCAUUCCUCUCUCGUUACAGAGAUGGUUUGAUGGUUGCAGAUAUGGAUUUAAACCUCUGUAGGCAGAUCAAAGAUAAGUGGGGAUUCAGAAUGACUGCAAGGUAUGAGCUUUAUGCUGAGAUGCUCGCUCGUUAUAUAAAGCCAGAUUUUCAGCCUCAGAUAGUCUCUGAUCCAUUGCUAGAUAAGAAGAAUCCGGCUUAACUCUUUCAGUCUCGAACAUACAGUACUUCUUCCAUUUCAUAUACAGUAUAUUUUUUUUUUUCAGAUAUUAAAAUACGAAUCUACCAAGUUUGCACGUUUGUAAUGGCACAGAUAUUAAAAGGCAAAUUUGUAAUUAAAAAAAAAAUUGGUCUCCAAGUUUAUAUAAUUUCAAAGCAUUUCCUUUGAAGAAUGAAUAAUAA